AUGUUGUUCACAAGAUCCUUAGCUACUAAAGUUACCAAACCAAGUGUAAUCGAAUCAGCCAUAAUUUUAUCGAGAACACCAAUAAUUACACAACAACCAUCUAAAUUAGAAUCAACAUACUGUGCAUACCAACGUGAGUUAGAACGUCGUUUAAUGUGGACUUUCCCACAAUAUUAUUAUUUCAAAAGAGGCACUUUAGCCGAACGUAAAUUUUUAGCUUUACAACGAGGACCAGUUUCUAAAUUACCAGGUGUUUUCUAUUCUAAAGGUGUUCCAGACGUUAGGGGAAACAGAGAAAGAAAUGCCGCACAAGAAAUAGUGUUGCCAUUAGAACAACAAUCAGAGGAUGACCCUAAUGAGGGUGAUUCAGCUUCUUCUUCCCAUAAUAUUAACAGAAGAAUUUUACCAAAUAGUAGAAUUACAAAGGCUGACGAAUGUGGAGAUUUAAAAAGCUUGGAAAGACGUUUAGAUAAAAACUUAUAUUUAAUUGUUAAAUCUAACAAAACAGGUGAGUGGUCUUUCCCAUCCUUCCUCCAAAACAGUAAAUGUAAAAUUUUGCAUGAAAUUGCCGAAUCCGGUUUAAGAGAAUUGGGUGGUGAUAAAAUUAACACUUGGACUGUUUCUACAAAGCCUUGUAAAGCUUUAGUUAAUGGAGAAAAAGUUACAUUUUUCAUUAAGAGCCAUAUAUUAGCGGGAAAAUUUGAACCAAAGACUGAAGCUUUAGAAUUUGCUUGGGUUGCCAAAGAUGAAUUGAAGGAAAAGGUUGGAGAUAAAUAUUAUGAAGCAAUCGGGUUCUUAUUGAACUAA